AUGAAGCUGAACGCGGACGAAUGGCCGCAUGUGUUACCCCUCGUUCAAGGUGCCCUCAACCAUCAGUCGGCGGACCGGUUGGGAGGAAUUGCACCUGUGACAGCGUUUACUGGCCUGUCAGCCAUGACCCUGCGGGCAGCCACCCGAUGUCCAAGGAAGUUUACGUCGCGGACUGGCUUGGUGCCGCCCGUCAGAAACAUGUCACGAACCUCCAAGUGGCGCUUGAAGAAAUGCACCGCAACGUGGUGGUGCAAAGCGACAAGUUGUGUCAGCAAGCGCGUGGAUGCCGCGAUCGAAAAUCCCAAGUCAAGUUUGCGGGUUUCUCGGUCGGCGAUUUUGUGCUUUCGGAGCGGUCGUCAACCGUCCGACAAAAUUGGCCCUGCAUUGGCGAGGACCCUGCCAAGUGACCAGAGUCAUCACAGACCAUGUGAUGGAGACUCAGCAGCUGGUGCCAUCACCUCGAGGCAGAUCGCGUUUGGCGAUGGCGGAUUUCAUGUGGAGCGCCUGGAUGAAGUGCGCUGCGUGGAUGGCCAACACCAAGUUUUGGUGAAGUGGCUUGGACUCGACGAUGAAGAAUCGUCCUGGGAACCUGCGGCGAAUUUGCUGGACGACAUUCCAGUCGUGUUUCGCAAGUGGGCGGUGGCCAACAAGGAAGACCCUACCGUGGCUGCCCUCAUCAAGACACUGGGCUUUCCGUAG